GUGGCGGGCGGGCCCGAGGCCUGGGGCUUUAGGAGGUGAGCGGGCCCCGGGCCGGCCUGACGCUGCUGCAUCGCGGGAGGCGCAUGGCGGGCAUGGCGCUGGCGCGGGCCUGGAAGCAGAUGUCCUGGUUCUACUACCAAUACCUGCUGGUCACGGCACUCUACAUGCUGGAGCCCUGGGAGCGGACCGUGUUCAAUUCGAUGCUGGUUUCUGUGGUGGGGAUGGCACUGUACACCGGCUAUGUCUUCAUGCCUCAGCACAUCAUGGCAAUAUUGCACUACUUCGAAAUCGUACAGUGACGAAGAUGUGACCAGGAUCCGGAGGUUCCUGGGGGAGGAUCCCCCCUCGGAAGUUGGGAUGAGACCUCAUCAGAAGUAAGAUGCUCUACGGAUGUCAACAUAACCAACCUUAUAAAUAACAAAGACUAAAAUUCAUGAGUAGAACAGGAAAAUCAUCCUGACUCAUGUGUUGUGUUCUUUCUUUUUUGAUUUUAAAAGAGGCUCUUAUAUAGUAGCUUUUGUCUAUUUUAACAUUGUAGUCAUUUGUACUUUGAUAUCAGUAUUUUCUUAACCUUUGUGACUGUUUCAAUAUUAUCCAGUGGAAGCUUUUCUUAAUGUAACUUUGAGUACAUCUUAAUUGCCUUCUAUUUUUAAAACCCGAGGUCAUUAGUUGGGCUUUACUGUUCUUGCUACUGUAUGGCAUAUACAUCUGCCUGGAUAUAUUUCUACUCUUGACCAAAGUUUUGUAAGAAACAAUACAGAAUUUGGGGAUGGGAGGGAGACUACCUGGAGAACUACUUACAAAAGAUUUAUCCGAAAGCUUGAACUCAGGAGUAUGAUUUUAGCUCUCUAGACUCCUAACAGCUUUUGCUUUAAAACUAUUAAAGUGUUUCUUAGUAAUGAAAAAGUAAAGAUCUUGCUAAAAUUAAUACAAGGAAUGUUUCACCUUUUAGAUCUCAAAUUCUUACGUGGACUUCUUUCCAACCAACUUUGAUGACCCUCGUGGGGGUGGGUGGUCAGCAGCAGCAUUGUGUAAUGUUUAGACAUACUGUAGAGCUGUUCACAGAAGACGGGUCAGUUUCCUCUGAGGCAAUGUUGACAGUGUAUGUGCUUCAAAGUUAGCUUGCUGAUUAUGACAGGUGCUGUGAAAUCAUUUGCCCAUUCAUUGUGAUACGAUGUGAUGAGAUGAAUUGUUCAGAACCAUAGCCAAAAGAAAUGUAAGCUUGGCUAAAAAUCCUUUCACUCUUUGUAUUUUUUUUUU